UAGAAGUCAAUGGCCAUUUUCAUUACCUGUCCAAAGUCCAAACCUAAAGUCUAAGCAGAACAACAAAAUUAUCAUUCUAAACUGUAUAACAAAAUAAUGAAAAAAAUCUAAAUAACUAAAUCAAAAUAAAAAAAAAUACCAAAAAUGUGGAAAUUUCUGCUUACUGUUUGCUUGCUGUGGUCCAUCACCAUGGUCUCUGGUCUGAUCCCACCCAGAUUUGCGUGGAAGACCUUGGACUUCGCGUGGGAAAGCCCCGAAAAGCGAGAGGAGGCCAUAUCUUCAGGGUCUUAUAUACCAGAAAAUAACAUGCCUACAGGUAUAGCGAGGUGGAAGGAUAAACUGUUUAUCACCAUUCCUAGGUGGAAAAAAGGAGUGCCUUCUUCCCUCAACUACCUUCACAUAAAUGGCCCCCAAAACCAGACUCUGAACCCUUACCCCAACUGGGAUGAGGGCUUCGUCAAAGACGACGCCUGCUGCCUCGGCACCAAUAGCACUGUGGUUUCCACAUUCAGGGUCCAUGUGGACGAGAAAGACAGGCUGUGGGUCGUGGAUAAUGGCGUGGCUGAUAUGUCUGGCGACGUGAAGCAAAUAGCGGAGCCGGCUAUAGUCGUGUUUGACUUGAAGACUGACGCCCUGAUCAACCGCUACCCCCUGGCUCCAGAAGUUCUCAGCGAGUCUUCUGUUCUGACCAGCAUCGUGGUAGAUAUAGUACCAGCGGGCAAACCCGAAAAAGGCAAGGAAAAGGCUGAAGAUGAGACCUAUGCGUACAUUCCCGAUAUGGGCUCCAACGCCAUCAUAGUCUUCCGUCAGAGUACUGGCGAGACUUGGCGCGUGGAGAACCAUUACUUUCACUUCGACCCCCACGCUGGGGCGUAUAAAGUGGGGGGCGUGGACUUCUAUUGGCGCGAUGGAGUGUCGGCUUUAGCGCUGUUGCCGGCUAAAAAAGAUGGCCAACGAGAGUUGCUCCUGUACCCGACUUCAAGCACCAGACAGUUCAGGAUGUCCACAAAACUGUUGAGGGACAAGAAUAGUACCAAGGAACAAUUGUUCAAUGCUGUUGAGGUAAUCGGCGACCGAGGAGCCAACACGCAGUCCACGGCCUGCGACUACGAUCCCGUGAACGAAGUGUUGUUCUACACGCAGCUGAGCAAGAACGGCCUCGCUUGUUGGAACGUAAACAAGCCAUUCGACGCCGCCAACACACCGCUUCUUGUUAGCGACUGCCAGAUGCUGGAGUUCCCUAAUGAUGUUAAGGUCGACCGAGAAGGCAAUAUUUGGAUACUCAGUGACCGCCAAUCUCGGUUCCUGUACGAAUCUAUGGACUUCCAGCAAGUAAACUUUCGUAUCCUGUCCGCUCCCACCGCGACCAUGGUUCAGGGCACGGCUUGCGAGAGGAAAACCGGUCUCAUUGGCAAAAUGAAAAGGAGGAAAACGAAAUAGACGAGGGAGGUACGCCAUUAGGUGGAUCAAGAGGGCAACCUCUGGAUUGUCAGCAACCGGCAGUCCCGUUUCAUGUACAAAUCGUUGGACACCACUCAAGUCAACUUCAGAGUUCUAUCGGCUCCCACGACGCUCCUCAUUCAAGAUACAGAGUGCG